CUGAGGAGCUACCUGCAACACCUGGAGGACAGGUAGGAGGUCAGGGGCGGGGCUCACUCUACUGUUAUUCAUCUCUAUGAUCAGCACAUUAAAGUUCCAGUUCUGAUCCGGAUCCUGGUCCAACUGGUCAGUUCUAGUUCUGAUCCAGACUGAAGCCAAAUGAACCGGUUCUGUUUAAAUGUUUGGACAUCAGCUGGACCAGUUCUUUCAGAACCUCUGGAGGGUCCUGCAGGUCCUUGGGUUCUGGUCCGGUUGGGUCAGAAUCAGGACCGGUUCUGGUCUCACAGAGUCGGUGGUUGCAGCUGCCUGUUCCAGAGUUGGGCAGAGAGUUCUUCACCUGGACAGGAGGAGUUAUUACGCUGCCAACUGGGCCA